AUGAUCAGAGUCAGUGUGAAAGAAGCGGCUGGCGACGUGGAAUCCAUCCUGGGGCGGUUUGUACUGUUUGUCUUUGUCUGCCAGGGUGAGGUGGAAUCCGUCCUGGGGCACCUGUACAGGCUCAGUCUGUUAUUGAUAAACUUAAGAGUAAAAUGCAACAUAUGUUUAUUACUAACCCACCAACACACUUGGGAUGACUGUCAGCAGUUUUUACAGGCCCUCCUGACCACGGAAGAGCGGCAGCGGGUUUUCACAGAAGCCCGCAAAAAUGUGCCGGGGGAUGACGGCUGCCCCACUCAGCUACCUAACGAGAUUGAUGAGGUGUUCCCGCUGACUCGACCUAAUUGGGAUUUCAAUACGACAGCGGGUAGGGAGUGACUCCGUCUCUACCGCCAGGUUCUCCUGACAGGGCUCCAAGGGGCAGGAAGGCGCCCCACCAAUUUGGCCAAGGUACGUGCGAUUGUGCAGGGUAGUGAGGAAACUCCGGCAGGAUUUUUAGAAAGGCUAAUGGAAGGAUACAGAAUGUAUACUCCCUUUGACCCACAGGCCCCUGACCGGCAGGCCGAUGUAAUCAUGUCCUUCAUUGGACAAUCGGCCCCGGACAUCCGCACAAGGCUACAGAGGCUGGAGGGGUUGCAGGGGUAUACACUGCAGGACCUAGUUAAGGAGGCAGAAAAGAUUUUCAAUAAAAGAGAAACAAAAGAGAAAAGAGAAGAGAGGUUACGCAGAGAACAGGAACGUAGGGAAGACCAGAGAGAUAAAAAAAAAAAAAAGAACAAGGACUUAGUUAAAAUCCUGGCCACCGCAGUCACAGGACCAGAGCAGACUAAAGGUAGACAAGAUAGGGACCUGGGAGACAAACGGAGGCCACGGUUGGACCGAGACCAGUGCGCAUACUGCAAGGAAAAAGGACACUGGGCUAAGGAUUGCCCAAACAAAGGACAGUCAAGGCGCCAGCGGAGAGCGAUGCCCGUCUUGGCGCUGGAAGACGACGACUAGGUAGGUCAGGGCCAGGCGCCUCCCCCUGAGCCCCGGGUAACUCUAAAAGUGGGAGGCCGGCCAGUCACCUUCCUGGUUGAUACGGGAGCCCAACAUUCAGUCCUCACAACGGCCGGAGGCCCCCUUAGUUCCAAGACAUCAUGGGUCCAGGGGGCCACUGGAGGAAAACUGUACAAAUGGACUACUGAGCGUAAAGUCGACCUGGCAACAGGGCGGGUCACGCAUUCGUUUCUACUAGUGUCGGACUGCCCAUACGCCCUGCUGGGAAGGGAUCUGCUCUCAAAGGUUGGGGCCCAGAUCCAUUUCCAAGACAAGGGAGCCACAGUAGUCGGCCCCGCAGGCCAACCCCUCCAUGUGUUGACCCUCCAGCCGGAAGACGAACACUGCCUUCACGAGAGCCCCCUAUCAGCUCAGCUCCAAGUAACAUCUGAAUGGCUUACUAAAUUCCCCCAGUCUUGGGUGAAAACGGGAGGAGUAGGGCUGGCUAUCAGACAGCCCCCAGUGAUAGUAAACCUGAAGCCCACGGCCACUCCCAUAUCAAUCCGCCAAUACCCUAUGGCUGCGGAGGCGAAGGAUGGAAUUCGACCACACAUACAGAGACUGAUAAAACUGGGCAUAUGGAGACCUUGUCGGUCACCUUGGAACACCCCUUUGUUACCAGUCAAAAAGCCUGGCUCUAAUGAUUACAGGCCAGUGCAAGACCUAUGGGAAGUAAACCGUAGGGCUGAGGACAUUCACCCCACGGUCCCUAACCCAUACAACCUGUUGAGCACCCUGCCCCCGACCCGAACUUGGUAUACAGUGCUUGACUUGAAAGAUGCCUUCUUUUGCCUAAGACUGAGUCCCCAGAGUCAACCUCUCUUUGCCUUUGAGUGGAAAGACCCGGAGACUGGGUCUUCGGGACAACUAACGUGGACCAGGCUUCCCCAAGGGUUCAAGAACUCCCCUACGCUGUUUGAUGAAGCCCUACACCAGGACUUGGUGGACUUCUGGGUAAGCCACCCAGAGUUGACUCUCCUACAAUACAUGGAUGACCUAUUGUUAGCUGCAGAGACUGAGCAGGGUUGCACCAGAGGUACGGAGGCCCUACUCUGUAGGCUGGGAGAGCUAGGAUACAGGGCUUCCGCGGAAAAGGCCCAACUUUGCACCCAACGCGUGACCUACCUAGGCUACGUAUUGGAGGGGGGUCGGAGGUGGCUGACUGAGGAACGGAAAAAGGCUGUAGCGCUCAUCCCGCUGCCUAAAAAUGCUCAUCACCUCAGGGAGUUCUUGGGCAGCGCCAGUCUCUGCCGCCUCUGGAUACCGGGUUUUGCAGAGAUGGCAGCAUCCCUGUACCCCCUAACCAGGACAAAUUCCCCGUUCAUCUGGGGAAGGGAACAACAAUUAGCUUUCGACAGAAUAAAACGGGCCCUCUUGGAGGCCCCUGCAUUAAGCCUCCCGGACCCCGCUAAGCCCUUUACCCUCUAUGUGGAUGAAAAAGGGGGAAUGGCAAAGGGUGUCUUGACUCAGGAUUUGGGGCCCUGGAAAAGACCUGUGGUGUAUUUCUCAAAGAAACUGGACAGUGUCGCCUCGGGGUGGCCCCCUUGCCUCCGCAUGAUUGCGGCUGUGGCCGUCUUGGUGAAAGACUCAGACAAAUUGACUUUGGGGCAACUACUCACCAUAAUGGCACCCCAUGCCAUCGAGGCCAUCAUCCGCCAACCGCCAGAUAGAUGGCUCUCGAACGCCAGGGUCACCCACUACCAGGCCAUGCUGCUCAACCCUGAACGGGUCCGGUAUGGAACUGCUGCCUCGAUCAACCCGGCCACCCUGCUUCCUGGGCCGGGGUCUGAAUCACAAGUCGACCACGACUGCCACCAAGUGUUAGCCGAAGUGCACGGGACCCGAGAGGACCUGACCGAUCUACCCCUGUCAAACGCAGUCACCUGGUAUACGGACAGGAGCAGCUUCUUGCACCAAGGUGAGAGAAAGGCAGGGGUGGCGGUGGUUGAUGGGGAAACUGUCAUAUGGGCCUCUGCUCUGCCCCCAGGGACUUCGGCACAGAAGGCUGAACUUGUGGCCCUCACCCAAGCACUUCGUGCCGCUGAGAAUCGGAGAGUAAAUAUUUAUACAGACAGCCGUUAUGCCUUUGCCACAGCGCAUAUACAUGGGGAAAUAUAUCGGAGGAGAGGGUUGCUAACCUCAGGGGGCAAGGACAUUAAAAAUAAGCAGGAGAUCCUAGACCUCCUACAAGCCCUCCACCUUCCUAAGAAAGUGAGCAUCAUCCACUGCCCAGGUCAUCAGAAGGGAGAUGACGCAGUGGCCAAGGGGAAUAGAAUGGCGGAUGAGGUAGCUAAAACAAGGGCCCUGGACAGCGUCACUCUAGUAACGCAGUCAUCUGAAACCUCAAAUAACCCUGGGUGGUCAUAUUCGGAGCAAGAUGUGACAGCUAUCCAAAGACUGGGAGGCGCGUACAACGACCAGCGUAAGGUCUGGGAGAUCCAGGGAAAAACAGUAUUGCCGAGAAAGGAAGCCAAGGACCUCAUAAAAGACCUCCAUAGAUGGACCCAAUUGAGACAUAAAAAGUUAAAGGCCCUACUGGACAGAGAGGAACUAACCUAUUUCAUAAUAGGACUGGACUCAUUAGCAAAACAAGCGACAGAAUCCUGUGUUCCUUGUGCAAAAGUAAAUCCAAAGUGUAUUAAAGUACCAGAGGGAGCAAGGAUGCGAGGGGCACGCCCGGGAACGAACUGGGAGGUGGACUUUACCGAGAUUCGUCCUGGUAGGUAUGGAAUUAAGUAUCUCCUAGUAUUUGUAGACACUUUUUCCGGCUGGACAGAGGCUUUUCCGGUAAAGAAGGAAACAGCGCAGGUGGUGGUCAAGAAAAUCUUGAAAGAAAUCUUUCCGCAGUUUGGCCUGCCUAAGGUACUGGGAUCCGAUAAUGGGCCGGCCUUUGUCUCCCGGGUAAGUCAGUUGGUGGCCAAGGUACUGGGGAUUGAUUGGAAAUUGCAUUGUGCGUACAGACCCCAGAGUUCAGGACAGGUAGAGCGCAUAAAUAGAACAAAAAAGGAGACCUUAACCAAAUUAAUGAUGGAGACUGGCGCUAGAGACUGGGUCGAGUUAUUACCAAUGGCCCUAUUCCGGGCCCGCAACAUUCCCUCCGCAUUCGGGUUAACUCCGUAUAAAAUAUUGUAUGGGGGUCCUCCCCCAAUAGCUGACUUGUUGGGGCCUAGCAUUGACUCUUAUGCCACUUCCCCCAGUCUGCAGACCCGACUGAGAGCUCUGCAGCUGAUUCAAAAGCACGUGUGGAAACCUCUAGCGGCAGUGUACCAAUCCAAGUGCCCUACAGUGCCACACCCGUUCCAGAUUGGAGAUUCAGUGUACGUCCGCAGACAUCAGUCCAGGACCCUCGAGCCGCGUUGGAAGGGACCCUACACGGUGCUGCUGACGACACCCACUGCAGUGAAGGUCGACGGGAUUGCCGCCUGGGUUCGCGCUUCCCACGUCAAGAAGGCACUGCCGGAGGGAGAAGGCCCCGCGGACGACUCAGCCAGAUGGACACUCCAGCACACUCAAAACCCCCUCAAGAUAAGACUUUUAAAAACUGCUUAAUGUUUGUAAUCAUUAGCCUGUCGCCUGUAUUGCUUAUGACUCACCCUAGUCUCACCCUAUCCAGCUCGUCCCUCUCAAACGCCCAUGCUCCGCAAAAGCUCACCUGGGAAGUGAUCUCCCCUUCGGGUAGCGUGGCCUGGUCAACCAGCGACACUCGGGUCCCAGGGACGUGGUGGCCUUCUCUCCACCCAGACGUAUGCCAGAUGGUCCUGGGGCUAGAUACCUGGGAUCUACCCGAUCAGGACAGCAUCCCUCUGAAUCCAACGAGUCUGGUCAGAGACAAUCUUCCCUCGGGAUGUAGAUACCGAAACCGAAAAUGCCGACUACGUCAUCUUAAAUUCUAUGUGUGCCCCAAGGAUGGUAGAAGGCGGGAUCAGAUCUUCCGGUGUGGGGGGCCGGAGUCCCUAUACUGUAAAAGUUGGGGGUGCGAAACUACAGGGGUAACAUACUGGGGGCCUUCCUCUGCGUGGGACUGGAUUACUGUACAGCGUAACUUCACUCCUGAGGGAAAAGAUCAGUGUUUACAACUCCUCCCGGAAGGCCGUGGGUCCACUUCCCCAUGUGCAAGUUCCCCUACGUGCAAUCCCCUUAAUAUUACCUUCACCGCCUCAGGAAAACAAUACGCAGCGCUGUCUAGUUGGAUAAAAGGGAGAAUCUGGGGAAUGCGCUAUUAUGUUCCUGGUGAAGAUUUUGGGUUUUGGUUCAAAAUUAGACUAAAAAUCACCUCUCCCGACCCCCUACUGGUGGGAUCUAACAGGGCUCUGGCCCCUGCCUACAGGCCGAGCCACCCCUGGUCUAAGACAACCUAGCAGCCGGCCUCUAAGGGAAUAGGCUCACCAACGCCGACCUCUAUGAGGACAGGCUCACCGGUUCCCCUUGUAAGUCUACCUGCAGGAGAGAGAACAAUGUCGCUAGUACGAGGCGCCUUUUCGGCAUUAAAUCAGUCUCACCCUAACCCCUGCUGGUUAUGCUUGUCCGCAAGCCCGCCCUACUAUGAAGGAAUAGCUGUAGUUGGGGCCUUCAACACCUCCUCGUCCCACCGACAGUGUCCUGCCGCUAACCCCGUAAUAACUUUGACAGAGGUCUCGGGAAGGGGAUCCUGUAUCGGGGACCCACCCUCGGCCUACCAGCGCCUCUGUAACAGCACCACCAACUCCUCCCGGGUGGACCGGAACUCGUACUUGGUGCCACCCCCCGGAACCUGGUGGGCAUGCUCACGCGGCGGCCUCACUCCCUGUGUGUCCACCACUGUUCUCAACAUGACCGGGGAUUUCUGUGUCCUGGUGGCAAUCGUCCCGAAGGUAAUUUACCACCCAGAAAACACACUUGAGGAGCAGUACGACAGCGCUAUAACUAGGUUCCAUAGAGAGCCAGCCUCCGUGACCCUAGCAGCUCUACUGAGCUUUGGGGUGGCAGCCGCUGGGCUGGGCACAGGGACAGCUGCCCUCACCCAGGGAAGCAGCGGGCUGGCAAUCCUUCAACAGGCGGUGGACGCGGACAUCAUGGAAAUAAAAUAGAACCUCCAACGAUUACAAGAGUCCCUCACCUCCCUCUCAGAAGUAGUGCUCCAAAAUCGCAGGGGCUUGGACCUGUUGUUCCUAAAAGAAGGAGGGCUAUGUGCUGCCCUCAAAGAAAAAUGCUGCUUCUAUAUAGACCACUCCGGAGUAGUAAAAGAUUCUCUAGCCAAACUAAGAGAGCGGCUGGAGAAGAGACGACGAGAAAGAGAACAGACUCAGAGCUGGUUUGAGGGAUGGUAUAACAGGUCGCCCUGGUUGACAACCUUGCUCUCCACCAUAGCGGGCCCCCUCAUUAUCCUGCUUCUAAUCCUGACCUUUGGGCCAUGCAUUAUAAACCGAUUACUCCAGUUUGUUAGGGAUAGGCUGUCCACCGUACAGGCAUUAGUCCUCACACAACAGUAUCAAGCCCUGGCCACCAGUGACCAUAUUAAAACCCCUCAUUAACGGGCACACAAUUUUAGGAUUAAAAUUAGUUCAAAGAGAAAAUGGGGAAAUGAAAGAAGCGGCUGUGAGCCACCAUAAAAGUAGCCUUAAUAAAAAAAAAAAAAUGGGGCUCCUGAGACAAACAGUUCCAGAGACGGCCUUGGGAAAUGGGGAGUAAACCGGUUCACAGAGAAAGCAGUUAGCUACUAACCAGAGAUACGGGCAACAGAACAUCCUGCUAUGUAGAUAAGCCCCCUCCCCUGUGCUUGUUCAAGCUUAACAACAACAACAAAAAAAAAAGCCGCGAGGCAUGUAGGGCACAUAGCCACCCCUUUCUGCUCUUCAAUGACCCCCUCCCCUUAUCCAAGCUUCCGUUUCUCCUCCUCCUCGACGACCUCCUCCCCUUGUAGUUGCCCAAUAAACUUACGCCACCCUAUGGUAUGUUAAUUUUGUGGUUUUGCCCCUUAAAAGCUGUGUGAGAUAGCUGCUCGGGGCUCCUCUCUCUUUCUCGCUGCUUGCGGCAGCAGAGGGCGCAUUUGCGCAAAUGAAAUAAAAUUACCUCCUGUUCUUUUG